GUUUGCCUCAUGAAAGUAUUUGGAGCCCGCCAAAUCGUCUCAACAGCGCGGCAGCAUAGCAAAUUUAUCGCCAACUCUUGCUGCUCGCGGCAGCCGAUCCAAAGAAAUGGAAUCGGAAAACUGUGCUUGCCGAUUGUGUCUCGGCUCGUCGAAAGAUGUGUGUUCCCUGUUUGGCUCUAGCGUAGAUCGGGAACUGCUAACCAUCAUACGCAACAAUGUAGGAUUGGAGAUUGCAGCGGAUGAUCCAUUUUCCAAAAUGGUAUGUGGCACGUGCAUCGCAAAGCUAAGAACGAUCGAGCAACAUGUAAAGUUGUUUCGUGAAUCCGACCGUAAGCUUCGAGACGCAAUUACAACCCGGUUGAAUGACAAUCGAAAAGAUUCUGCCAAUCAUACGCUGCCAGUAGCUGGGCCACAUUCUAAUGAAGUAUCCAAUUUGGAAGCCCUGGCAUCUGCCUUGGAAAGCUCCCAUAUGAGCAACAAUGCAGAGGUAAUUAAGUAUAAAUUCCAAAAGGAGAAUCGGAUGGAACCCGAACCAUCCCGUAGAUCGAAACGUAUUCGCACUCAAAGUAAGCGGUUAGCCGUUACUACUGAGUACAGCACGGGAACACAUGAUGAGCCACAAUCGAGUGAUGAUUUUGAAUACGACAAUGAUAGUGUGGAUCGAUCGUAUAUCCCAGUAGAAAGUUCCUCUACAGACUGUCAAAUGAAUCAAAGCUCUACAACGACUGAGGAUAUGUGCAUGGAGACUGUAACAUCGGUACGACAGCAGGCAGCCUCUUCAAAGCCGAAGAAACGAAACUUGAAAGACAAAGCAGAACCAGUGCCUACGCUGCACGAUUUUAAAUGCUAUAUUUGUAGCAGCGAACCAUUAGGCUCACGGAAGGCGCUGAUAGAACAUUUAGCUACCCACGUUGAUUACCUUCCGUACACCUGCAAGCAGUGUGUCAUGGAGACGAUCGUAUUAACACGGGUGCGCACCUUGAACACGCACAUGAAGAUGCACGAACAGCCGAUCAAAUGUGACUACUGCGAUCGUCGCUAUAGCAAUGCGGCGGGAAAAUAUUACCACACGCAAACGUACCAUCUGGCUGGUGGGGCACCCUGCAUCGUGCACUGUGAGAUAUGUGGGAAGCAGUACGGCUCGGAGGCUGCACUCAAGCAGCACAUGAAGUACCAUACCACCAUGCUGAAAUGUAGCAGGUGUGACAUGGUGUUCAACCAUCCCAACAAGCGGCGCAAUCACGAGCUGACGCACAACGAGGACCGGGGGUACGAGUGUGUCGUUUGCAAAAAGGUACUUCAAACGAUCGAAUCGUACGACGUGCAUCUGAAGAAGCACUCGCAGGAGCGGAGCUAUCCGUGUACUCUGUGUCCGAAAAAGUUUAAUACGUCGUUUAAUCUGAUACUGCACCUGAAGGUGCACGCCAAAAACUACAACUACAGGCCGGCCAAAUCGUGGGUCGAGCACUACACGAUACUGAGCCGCGAUCCGCUGCAGUACAAGUGCAAUCACUGUGACAGGUACAGCACCGAUAAGGUCAACAAUAUGAUCUCCCAUCUGCAGGCACACUUUAAGGAGUAUGAGUGUGAUCAGUGCAAGCGGUUGUUUGCGACGGCAAAGCAGCUGCGGGCGCAUUACACUACACACACCGGUGAAAAAUCGGAAAUGUGUCAACAUUGCGGAAAGUGUUUUUCCACCAAGAACAAUUUGCGCAUCCAUUUAAAGUCUCACAAACGUGAAAUUGAGGAUGUGAAUGAUGGUACCACCAACGAUCGCCAGACUGUCGUGCAGGAAUAUCCUCCCGAAGCGUGCAUAGAGAUCGAAACAAUAGCACAGAACAAUGCCGGUGUUAGUCGUCUUAUUACAGUAAUUAUGGGAAGCAUUUGCUUUUUCCCCAAGUGUGUGCCGAAAAUUCGCGACUUCGUGGUGUUUCCUUUCACUCGUACGCGAGAAUUCGAGAACUGGUGGAUUAAGUCCGGCUGGGUAAAUGCGAUCCCCCUCAGCAAGCUGCCGAGUAAAAUAUUGAUAUGUGAGGAGCACUUCGAAAAGGAUCUCAUCAACAGGCGGUAUAAGGUGCCGAGGCUUGCCCUAGGAGCUUUACCUACGCGAAACGUUGAAUGUCCAGCCAAUACACCGAAUCCUUUAAACGAUGGAGCUACACAAAACAAUGCACCGAACGUGAAGAGAGAAUCCUACUGCCGGUUGUGCGGGCAAGCUCAAACCACGCACAUUUCGGAUGAACCGGAUUUAUUAUUGAAGCUCGAUAAGAUAUUUCAACAUCAGUUACAUCUUUCCGAUUCCUCCAAGCUACCAGUCGGUGUUUGCUAUAGCUGCAAAGUAACGGCCAAUGGGAUCCAAGCAUUCUGGAAGACGUGUACCCAAGCGCAGGAAACUUUAAAGGCAAUUUUCAGCAAGCCACGUGUGGCAAAAUGUCCUGAACCCACGGAGGCAGCUGUUGCAACGAAAUCUAUCCAAGAAAGCAGCAAUCUGGAAGGGGGCAUCUUCGCAACCAAAGAAUCUUUUCCGGCUGAAUGUGAAGAAAUCGUGAUCGACACGACAUCAACGCAGGUCACGGAAGAGCAAUUUGCCAACGAGUACGAGUUUGAAUCGUACGGUGAGGAGCUGCCGGCUGGUACAGCGGAGGAAUCCGAAGAAGUUAUCGAACUAACCGAACCCGACAAUCAGCUCAUUUCGGACGACUAUUCGAUUGACUACGGAGACGAUUCCUCUUCUGAAGAGUUUACGGGCAACCUGUCAUCAUCAGAUAGGGACGAGUAUCGUGCUCCAGCUAAAAAGGAUGCCACCACACCAAUUACGGAAACCAAACACAUUUGUGAAGUGUGCGGCAAUGCAUUUAAAUCGCUUAACGGACUUAAAGCACACCUACUCGUGCACAGUGAGCGUCGCGAUCACCAGUGCACUAUAUGUGGCCACGAGUUCAAGCAGCGUCGGGCGCUGGUGGAGCACAUCGAGUCGAAACACGAGCGCAAAACCUUUCCGUGCAAAAUAUGCGGCAUGCCGUACAGCUGGAAGAAAGGAUUGCAGCGUCACAUGAAUACCCACAAAGGAAACACACUGAAGCAUGUGUGUAAAGUGUGCGGUAAAGCAUUUCCUGUACCACACAAGCUGAAGCUGCACAUGAUGCUGCACACAGGCGACCGGAUUCACUGUGAAUUCUGCGGCAAGGGAUACAGGUUUAACUACAUGUUGACGCAACACAAAAUACGCGUGCACAAUAUGGUGAUCGAGGGCGUCAAGCUUUAUUCAACACCGAAGCAAAAAAGGUUGGGUGAUCGUAAAAAAUGAACUCCAGC